AUGUCUUUUCCUCGCAAAACACUUGCAGAAACAGACAAUUCUAGACUCAAUGCAUUAAUGUCACAAAGCCAGCCACGACAGCCAUCCAAGAUACCGCGAACGAGAUCUACAAUCAGGCCGACUUCCAGCAAUGCGCCUUCGAACCACAAGAACCAUACUUCCAGUACUUUUGAUGUGAACCAGGUGUUGAACCAGUUUGAAGGAAUGCGUCGACUCGAUGAGGAAGAGUCGGAAAAAGAGCUGAUUAGGUUGGACUCACAAAUAGCAGAGCUACAUGCCCAAAUAGAAAGGGCAGAAUUUGAGGAAUCAGAGCAUCAUCGUCAUUUGAAUAAUUACAUCAGGGAGACUGAAGCUCUUGAGAAACGGUUGAAGGAAUUGGAUGAAACAAUUGGACGAAACAAGCUCAAAUUUGACAACGAUUUGAAGCACUUUGAGGUGAAGUACGCAUUGAAACUAGAAGAGCAUUCUUUGGAACUAAAGAAGGUUUAUGACUCGACAAUUGAAGAAUUCGAGGGAAUGUUGAAGGAUGGAGAUAGCGAGAUUGAAGAGAGAGAUCAUCUGAGUAAAGUUGCGGAUCUCAAAUUGCAGAUAUCUGGGUUGCAGCGGGAACUGCUGGAAAAAAAGAGCGAAAUAACUAGCAAGCUUCAGGAAGAGAGGGAAAAGAAAGACACUGUCUUGGACUCGAAACUGGCAAAUGUCAGAGAAAUGUCUGUUGAGCCGAGGUCUCAGCUGAAGGCCUUGAAAUCAGAGUUAUUGUCUGUGGAAAAGAAGAUUGCAAGCUGCGAAGCAGAUGUCAUGCAUCAACAGCUCAAACAGCAGGGUUUGGUAAACAAAAUGAAGAACUCUCGACCUGAUGAAGGGACGGUCGAACAGAAGAUCGCGAAGCUUGAUUCUAAAAAACACAAGUUAGAGGAGGAUAUCGACCAGAGGCGAGAACUUCUGCUGGAUUCCAGCAAGCUGGAGAAAGAAAAGCGCGUUUGUUACGAGACGCGAAAGGCCAAUCUUGAACACGAACAAAACCACGUGAGAAAGAUAGAACAUCAAAUCUACGAGCAUUCAAAAACCCUUCGAGUUUUUGCGCGAGUGGUUGGAAAAUCCAAGUUCUUCAAGACGUCGAUAAGAGUACCAUACACUGAAAUCGAGCACGCUGCAGGAACGCGUGAAAUUUUGACCUUUGAGAAGGUUUUUCGAUGCAGCGAGACUGGGCUGGAACAUUUGCCAGAACUUCGGCUGCUUGUCCGCGAAUGCCUUGGAAAUUGUUCAGUGUCUGUUAUUGAAGUUGGAACGGCACUUCCCGAUCUCCCAACCAUGAUGAAGGCGAUGGAGUACUACUACGAUACAUUGAGCGGUCAGGACAGGGAUAUUUCGUUUUUCAGAUAUAGUUUCAGCCCAGAAGGACAAUUUAUAGACGUCUCUACAGGGAAGGUUUGUUCUGGUCCGAUUAACUCAGAUGGAAAGUUCGAUGUCUCCUCGGUGAAAAGUACGCAAAUCAAUUCAAAAACCGCUCUGAAUGAAGUUAUCUCCAAUAUGGAAGCGUUUGAGAAUCAGUCUUCACUUUUCGGGAUGUUUGUUCACUCAGGAUAUCAGCUGUCGAUGUUCGUUCAAUUGAAGUUGGUCCUACAGGACGCUUCACAAUUCACACCCUUGACAAAAGCAAUGGACAGCCUUUCCAAGCUUGUGGCAGCACUAUACGAAAACACAAAGACUCAAACAGUUGUCUCUGUUGAUGAUUCUGGUGAUGAUGCGGAGUUCGAGUGGUUGAAAACAGUUAGUCAAUUGCGGUUGAAAGAUUCAGUUGGCUCAAAGACUGCUAGUGAGUUUUUGGUGUAA